GGACGAGUUAUACAAGAAUGUUGAUCCAGGCCUUUUUUCCCUCUAUUACCAGUCCAUGGUCUGUCGUUGCGCAAAAUCCCUUGCGAAGCUCCGAUCCUCUCUUUCUCAUCUAACUUUGAAAGAUCUUCCCUUCGACUCUAAAAUGGUUGUUGAAUUUCUCUUCAGGGUUCCCAACCUCAGGCGACUUUCUAUCAUUGAAAAGAGGGAAUCGGCGAGUUUCUUCACGCUCGACCAGCACUUGAUGGAUAACCUCUCGAAACCCGAGAUUUUACCAGGGCUCGAGCGACUUGAUCUUGCUUGGUCAAAAGACAACGUAGAUCUCGAUGAGGGUGCCAUAAUGAGGAUGUUGGAAUAUCGAGUGGAUAGGAUGAUGCUGAAGUCUGCGGUUAUUGGACCACGAGAUGGAGGCGAAUUGCUGAACGAUACGGUAGUUCGGAUGCAGGAGAUGAGAGAACAAGGAAUAAAUGUUACGGUAUGGUAAAUUUGGGGGCAUCGACCCUGUAAUUACCA